AUGGCGCAUGCACUAGCAGACGACGUCUUCGUCGGAUUCGACGUUCCCGAAAUCGACAAGCCAUUCUUGCUUGAUGUCCUUGCUGCACCCGGCACCCCCUGGGACGAGAAGCUGGCCAUCUACGACGUCGGUCUGUUCAGCGGAUACGAGGAUUGGAACCUGAUGCUCGAGAGUGCGGCCUCAUUGAAGGAGCAGAGCCCGGCUAGAUCCCCUCUCGAUGCACAAGAUCUCCUAGCCUUCGUCCCGCGGGUGAAAGAAGCCACGCUAGCCGCCGACAAGCUGCGUCAGGGUUGGGCAGCGACUGACCAGUCCAUCAAAAAAUUAGCCACGCUUCUGCGGGUUCAUCGAUCAGGCACCGUUGCUGCUCCCCAACCUGCUGUCAUCAAACGAGAGCGAGUGAUCAAGCGAGAGGGCGUCUCCAGGCGCGGACGGGACGAUGAGGAGGAGACCGAAGAUGAGGAUGCCCAACCCAACAACCAACGAGUCAAGCGACGCAAAGUCGCAUCCAAAUCAUCCACAUCCCACUAUUUCGCGCCACCCGCGGCCGAACAAUCGCCACGCAUCCAGCCAGAACAGCCAUCUUCAUCUUCAUUUCCAUCACCGCUCGCUUCCGACGAAGCUCGAGCCUACACACCGGCAGUCCUCCGUAACGGAAUUGCCACACCUAAUAUCACGCCUCGCAAACAGUCUCUUGAGAAUGAGGCCCCGAAUGACACCACCGGGAAUUCUCCGAAGGAAUCGAUCAGCGAGGCCCAGAACGCCGCUUGUGCGGCUAGCGGAGCGAAUGGUGACGAUGCCGGCGAUUUAAAAGCCAGCGGCCCGCAGACAGCCAGGGAUCUUCGGGCAGAGGCACCAUCCUGGCCAUCCCCGCCCAGCAGUCUUUCCGGCCCAUCGCCGAGGCGGAAGACGGCCGUCAAAUCUCCCUUCUUCAAUCUGCCAUCACCAGCCAAACAGUCUCCUAAGUCGAAACGCGGCGCUGGUCUUGUAUCAACGGUCCCCUUUCCGCGACUGACGGCACCAAAGUUUGGUCUCAUUCAAGAAGAGUUUGCUCACGAGCCGUUUUGGCUGCUUGUGGUAGUGACCUUCCUUGUCAAAACAGCUGGGACGCUGGCCAUCCCAACGUUUUAUAAGGUCAAGGAACGCUUCCCAACACCCGAGGCCUUGGCGGAUCCAGAGGCGACACCGACCAUCAUGAGCAUGAUUCGCCAUCUGGGGCUUUCAGUUAUGCGAACAGCAGCGAUACAGAGAGUGAAGAAUUACGACAAGAGAGAUAUUGAGGCGAGCGCACUUCGACCCGACAGCGAUUCUGAGCAAUGCUUGACUGAGCUUCCUACGACGGAAGAUGCCGACGAUGCCUGGGAAAUGGGUCAUUUCACGCAAGGCAAAUACGCCUUGGACAGCUGGCGAAUUUUCUGUCGGGAUGAGCUUUUGGGACGGGCCGACGACUGGAACGGCAAAGGCGUAGCGCCCAAUUUUCAACCCGAGUGGAUGAGAGUGCGACCCGAUGACAAGGAGCUUCGGGCGUGUCUCCGAUGGAUGUGGAUGCGUGAAGGAUGGGAAUGGGAUCCUGUCACGGGCGAGAAGACAGUUCUUCGAGAUGAGAUGCGAAGGGCUGUGGAUGAAGAGCGCGUGGGAUAUGAUGAUACGGGAGGUUCAGACUAUUUCGCGAUGGGGUCACAAAUUGAUUCACAAGACGAGUUCACGGUGCUCGUCACUGGCUUCGGCCCUUUCAAAGCCCAAUACCCCGUAAAUCCCUCCUGGGAAAUCGCCCACUCUCUACCAGCAUACCUCCCGCCCCUCCGCGCCAAGAACCCAAAAGAUCACCACUCUUCAACCUCCCCCUCCACUUCGUCCUCCUCUCGGCCCCUCCCACCCGUCCGCAUCCUCGUCCACCCGGAAGCCAUUCGCGUAAACUACCAAAACGUCCGCCGCCUGGUACCCCAGCUAUGGGACCCGGCAGUUCAUCCGCGCAUAGACGCGACCGUACACAUCGGCAUGGCGGGACCGCGGCUGUUCUACUCGAUUGAGCGCCGCGGUCACCGGGACGGCUACGCUUUCCCUGACGUGGACGGGAAGAAGCUCGAGGACGAGGAUCGGCGAAGGGAGGAGGGCGAGAAUUGGGUGUGGUACGGCAUGCCGUCUGAGAUUGAGACGGGAUUGGAUCUGGCUGAUGUGUUGGAGCGGUGGAAGGAUCAUAGCCCGGAAGGAUCCGAUCUCCGUAUAUCCGAAGACGCGGGACACUACCUCUGCGACUUCAUCUACUUUUCCAGCCUAGCGCAUCUGUGGAAGGCACAGAAGCACCGCAGAGUGACGUUCCUCCACGUCCCGUCCGACGCAUCCGAGGCGUCCGUCUCCAGAGGUACCGAAUUGGCGAUACAGCUGAUCCGGUCUAUUGCCGAGAGCGAGCUGAGUCGCAGACGUAAAGGAGGCGAGGAGGAAGUCGUGGGUAAGGAUGAUAAGAUUGCAGUUGAGCUACGGGUAUAA